AUGGUAAAAGUGUUGUACUCCAUCCACAAAGAGGGAAUAUAUGUCUGCCCACUCCAUGUAGAGAUGAGGCUCAAACCACUGGGACAAACCAAGAGACUCAAACCACUGGGACAAAUCAAGAGGCUCAAACCACUGGGACAAAUCAAGAGGCUCAAACCACUGGGACAAACCAAGAGGCCCAAACCACUGGGACAAAUCAAGAGGCUCAAACCACUGGGACAAAUCAAGAGGCUCAAACCACUAGGACAAAUCAAGAGGCUCAAACCACUGGGACAUAGACCAAGAGGCUCAAACCACUGGGACAAACCAAGAGGCUCAAACCACUGGGACAAAUCAAGAGGCUCAAACCACUGGGACAAACCAAGAGGCUCAAACCACUGGGACAAAUCAAGAGGCCCAAACCACUGGGACAAAUCAAGAGGCUCAAACCACUGGGACAAACCAAGAGGCUCAAACCACUGGGACAAAUCAAGAGGCUCAAACCACUGGGACAAAUCAAGAGGCUCAAACCACUGGGACAAAUCAAGAGGCUCAAACCACUGGGACAAAUCAAGAGGCUCAAACCACUGGGACAAACCAAGAGGCUCAAACCACUGGGACAAACCAAGAGGCUCAAACCACUGGGACAAAUCAAGAGGCUCAAACCACUGGGACAAACCAAGAGGCUCAAACCACUGGGACAUAAAUCAAGAGGCUCAAACCACUGGGACAUAA